GCACGUAAAUCCUUUCUUUCUCUUUUCCGUCACUUUGAUCAAUUUCCUACAUAAAAAAGACCACCUCUGUUCAUCGACAUUUUCCAUAGGCAGAAGCUGUAUAACUCUUCGAUUUCUCUCCGCUGCAAAAGAGAAUGCAUAAUUCCGGCCGGCUACCCGUCCAAUCCAACAGCAACUCCAGACCCAUAAAGCGCCACCACACCGCCCGUGAAAUCGUCCACCGGGUCCGGGAUAGCCUCACCACUCGUGUCUCCAAGUUGGUAUGUGCCAUUUUCUUGGCAUUUCUACUGGUUGUAGGCUUGAUCACAUUCGUACUCUGGGUUAGCCUGCGCCCGCACCGACCGAGGUUCCAUAUCCACGAGUUUUCGGUUCCUGAAGCAACUUAUAAUCCCCGGAUGUCUUUCAACGUGACGAUCCGGAACCCGAACGUGAACAUCGGGAUCUACUAUGAUUCCAUGAACGGGACAGUUUACUACAAGGAUACAAAAUUCGGGUGGAAGCAGUUGCUGUUACCGUUUUACCAGAAGCCGAAGAACACGACGGUGGUGGCAGACGAGCUGAGUGGGUCGGCGUUGACUGUGGACGGCCAGCGUUGGACGGAGUUGAAGAACGAAUUACGUGUGGCUGGGAUGGUGCUGUUGCGUCUAGAAAUAACGUCGAACAUCCGAUUUAAGAUCUCCACAUGGCAAACCAAACGCCAUCAUGCCCACGCCACCUGUGAUGUUUCGGUGGGCACCAACGGCGUUCUCUUGCCAACCUAUAUAGACAGGAGAUGCCCCGUUUACUUCACUUGAUCAGAGGCAUCGAUCGGGCAUUUUUGUCCCCUUACGAUUUAUCAUAUUCAACUCAUUUCAGAAGUGGUUUUUAUGUAACUCAUUUCAAAAGUGAUAAAUUUCAUACGAUACAAAUGUUUCAAUUUCUUGUCCUCUUACAGUGAGAAAAAUGGAUUCAUGAAACAACGUUUAUUGCUUA